CGUCUAAAAACCCUCUCUGUCCAUACGAAGAGCGGCGGCGGCGUCGAGACCAUGGCGGAGGCUGAGAAUGAGGCUUUGAAUCGGGCGCUUACAACUACUCGUUUCUCGGAUAUUAACCCUUCUCUCUCCGUUCCCGUCCUCGAUGCCCUAGCCCUCGCUGGAUUUCAAUUUUGCACGCCGGUUCAGGCCGCUACCAUCCCCUUGCUCUGCAGCCACAAGGACGUUUCUGUUGACGCCGCAACUGGUUCCGGAAAAACCCUCGCCUUCGUUGUACCUUUAGUCGAGAUCCUACGACGAUGCACCUCUGUCCCUAAGCCUCAUCAGGUUCUAGGAAUGAUCAUUUCUCCAACAAGGGAGCUAUCAUCACAAAUAUACCAUGUUGCACAGCCUUUCUUCUCAACAAUUAAGAAUGUCAAGUGUGCUCUUCUUGUUGGGGGUCUAGACAUAAGGGCAGAUAAAGAGAAAAUUGAAACUGAAGGCGCCAACAUCUUAGUAGGUACUCCAGGGAAGCUGUGUGAUGUAAUGGAGCGCUUGGAUGUACUAGAUUUCCGAAGCCUUGAGAUCCUGAUUCUAGACGAGGCAGACAGACUUUUAGAAAUGGGAUUUCAAAAGCAACUCACUUAUAUAAUUUCUCGUUUACCAAAGCUCCGAAGAACUGGGCUUUUCUCUGCUACACAGACAGAGGCUGUUGAAGAGCUCUCAAAGGCAGGAUUAAGGAAUCCUGUGAAGGUUGAAGUUCGAGUGCAAGUCAAAGCACAAGGUGAAGCGUCAACACAAGAAGUAGCUUCCUCAAAAACACCUUUAGGGCUACAUAUUGAGUACAUGGUAUGUGAAGCACAGAAGAAGUCCACCUACCUUGUUGAUUUCUUGGCAAGAAACAUGUCGAAAAAGAUGAUAGUAUACUUCAUGACAUGUGCUUGUGUUGAUUAUUGGGGUGUUGUUCUUCCUCAACUUACUGAACUGAAAGGUUGUCCCAUAAUUUCACUUCAUGGAAGAAUGAAGCAGACAGCAAGGGAGAAAGCAUUGGCAUCUUUUACAGAUCUUUCAAAUGGUAUUCUUCUAUGCACUGAUGUAGCAGCAAGGGGGUUGGAUAUUCCAGGUGUUGACUGGAUUUUACAGUAUGAUCCACCGCAGGAUCCCAAUGUAUUUAUACAUAGGGUUGGCCGGACUGCUCGUAUAGGCAGACAAGGAAGUGCAAUUGCUUUCCUUUUACCAAAGGAGGAUGAUUAUGUAGAAUUCCUGCAACUGAGAAGAGUCCCUCUUAAAGAGAGAACAUGCUCAGAUACUGAAUUUGACAUUAUUCCUCAGAUCAGAGCUGCAGCUAAAGAAGACCGCGAUGUGAUGGAGAAGGGGAUCAAAGCAUUUGUGUCAUACAUUCGUGCAUAUAAAGAACAUCACUGUUCUUAUAUAUUCAGGUGGAAAGAUCUGGAGAUUGGGAAACUGGCUAUGGGAUAUGGUUUGCUGCAGAUCCCAGCAAUGCCAGAAGUGAAGCAUCACUCUCUAUCGAUCGAGGGUUUCUCGCCCAUCCAUGAUAUUGAUUUGACACAGAUCAAGUACAAGAAUAAAGCCAGAGAGAAGCAAAGACAGAAGAUUUUGCUAAGCAAGCAAGAAGAAGAGCCUAAACAAAAACAGGUGAAGAAGAAACCGGAGUCUGCUGCCACUGUUAUGAAAAAGAAAACAGGCAAAAAGCGCCGCGCCAUUCAGACCAAAGAGGAUGCAGAGGAGUUGGAUCAAGAGUACCGUUUAUUGAAGAAGCUAAAGCGGGGAUUGAUCGAUGACGAUGAAUUCGAUAAGCUUACUGGCUUUGGGGAAGUUGAGGAAGAAAGGCCUUCUGAAAUUGAUUCGAAACCCUCUGGUGCUGAAGUUCGUGCUGCUUCUAAAAGCAGCAGAAUGAAAACAAAUCAAAGAGCGAAUGCAAGAAGGCCAGGGAGAUCGAACAACAAUAAUGCUAAAAAGAGUAGUACACUGAGAUCGAAGUCAAAGAAAGUUAGAAGGGUGUGAUCCACCUCCAUUAUUUAAAAUUUAAUCAAAAUCUUACAGUUCAUAGAUAUAUGUUUUUUGUAUCCCAUUUUGCAUGUCAAAAUUUUGAGCUGUAACGAAUUGUUUACUAAAUCUCAGGUCCUGCCAUUGUUUCGUGCGUGAUCAAUGGAUUUUACUUUUUCAUGCAUAAUUUCUUUUAGUAAGGUAGUGUCUGUAUUUUACUUGAUUAAUCUUACAAAUGGAUGAUUUUUCUA